AUGGAGCAGCUGACCGGUGAGCAGGAGGAGCUGUGCCUGGAGCUCACCCUCCGCCCCAUGGUGCCGGAGCCCCGCGUCGGCUUCUUCCUCUGCGUGUACUGCGACCGCCAGUUCGUCACCUCGCAGGCGCUAGGCGGCCACCAGAACGCGCAUAAGCAUGAGCGCAGCGUGGCCAAGCGCCGCCGGCAGGCCGCUGCCGCUCGGGAGGGUGCGCCUGCUGAGGCGCCGGACGAGAGGCUGCCCUGGUACGGCGGCGGUAUCCUGUGUCCGGCCGGGAAGGCUGGUGCUGCUGUCAAGGCGCACAAGCACGGCAUCAGCUGGUCGGAGCACGGCGGCACCGUGGUCGACGUCGACUUGUCUCUUCGUCUAUGA